GUCGAGUUCGCCUAUAUCAAGAAAAUAAUUCUCUCAGGUGCUGCAAAGGACCGCCCGCGUCAUCCGCUCAAGAAUCGAGUGCAGUACAUCAGCCAGUCGUUCGAAACACCAUUACGAUACAUAACAACUAUCACAACCCCGCCUGCACCUGUGCCUUCUUCAACAGAACAACCACAAACAGAUCCGUUAGCGUCGGAAGCGCUGGCGUUUGAUUUGGAUGUUUCCGAUCCGGACCCCAUUGUAUGCGACCCUACGAUCUUCGAGGAUCCAGCCCGAGAAGAGGAGGUGGACGACAUUGUCGUAUGCGUGGCACCUGCAUCUCAUUGCUCAUCUGCUCAAUCCGACAAGAGCCAUUCCAACCGCAGCCACUCAGAUUACAGCCUUUCUAAUCGUAGUCAGUCGUACCACAGCCAUUCGGAGCAUAGCCAGUCUGUCCAUGUGCCCUCUGACCGCAGCCAUUCUAUUCACAGUUUAUCGAGCCACAGCCGUUCCAACCGUAGCCUGUCUUAUCACAGCCGUUCAGACCACAUAGAAGAUGAGCAUGCUGAGGAAGAGAGACUGUCAUCUGUAUCAACUCCGUCUGAACCGGAGCCUGUGGCAUACGAGAUUCUCAUGGAGUCCAUGAAGGCUGAGGAACCAUUAGGGUCAGAGUACGAACACGGCGCAGCUAUAUCCGAUGUGCUAUCUACAAAUCCGUUCUACUACCAGAAACCAUCGUCGAUAAUCGAGCGAGAGAGCACAGCACCGUGUGUUAGUCCAGAGCCUUCACAGACAUCUGGUUUGGACGACGCAGAACAUUACAGAGCAGAUCUCACCUUUCCGUACAUCGAUGCCGACAGCGUUUCAUCUUUAGUUGGACACGACGAUCUCAGCGGCCCUACGAUCUGUAAGGAGACGGUGGCGAGACCAAGAAAGUAG